AUGUCCUUUGGUGAAACAACAAAGGAGAAAGAGUUCCCUGGAGCACAAGUGACCUUUGAACAGCUAAUGAGAAUAGAACUCCAUGGGAAUGUGAAGGUUGAUAAAAAUAGGAACAAGCCUAAGGAGACUGUUGAAGCUCUCUAUGAGCUCCAUGUCUUUCCUGCUUAUCCCAGAACCAUUGAUGCCAUGUGUGUCAGCUGUGAUGCAUGUUUAAAAGGAAAUUUUCGAGGUCGAAGAUACAAGUGUUUAAUUUGCUACGAUUACGAUCUUUGUGCAUCUUGUUAUGAAAGUGGUGCGACAACAACAAGGCAUACAACUGACCAUCCAAUGCAGUGUAUACUAACAAGGGUAGAUUUCGAUUUGUACUAUGGUGGAGAAGCUUUCUCAGUAGAGCAGCCGCAAUCUUUUACUUGUCCCUAUUGUGGAAAAAUGGGUUAUACGGAGACAUCUCUUCAAGAACAUGUUACUUCUGAACACGCAGAAACAUCAACAGAAGUGAUUUGUCCAAUCUGUGCAGCAUUACCUGGCGGAGAUCCUAAUCAUGUCACAGAUGACUUUGCAGCUCAUCUCACACUUGAACACAGAGCCCCUAGAGAUUUAGAUGAAUCGAGUGGUGUUCGCCAUGUCCGUAGAAUGUUUCACCCUGGCCGAGGUCUAGGAGGUCCUCGGGCCCGUCGAUCAAACAUGCACUUUACUAGCAGUUCUACUGGUGGGCUUUCUUCUUCGCAGAGUUCAUAUUCUCCAAGCAAUAGGGAAGCAAUGGAUCCUAUCGCUGAGCUUCUCUCUCAGCUCUCAGGAGUGAGACGUUCCGCGGGAGGACAGCUCAAUUCCUCGGGCCCCUCCGCCUCGCAGCUCCAGCAGCUGCAGAUGCAGCUUCAGCUGGAGCGCCAGCACGCCCAGGCCGCGCGCCAGCAGCUGGAGACGGCCCGCAACGCCACGCGGCGCACGAACGCGAGCAGCGUCACCACGACAAUUACACAAUCGACGGCCACCACCAACACGACCAGUACAGAGAACAGUCAGCAAACCGUUCAGAACUCCCAGUUUCUCCUGACAAGGUUAAAUGACCCCAAGAUGUCCGAAACAGAACGUCAGUCAAUGGAAAGCGAGCGGGCAGACCGUAGCCUGUUUGUCCAAGAGCUUCUACUGUCCACUUUGAUGCGGGAAGAAAGUUCCUCCUCCGAUGAGGAUGAACGGGGGGAAAUUGCAGAUUUUGGUGCUAUGGGCUGUGUAGAUAUUAUGCCUUUAGAUGUUGCUUUAGAAAACCUAAAUUUAAAAGAGAGUAAUAAAGGAAAUGAGCCUCCACCUCCUCCUCUUUGAUGACACCCCAAUCCGCAGACAAUGUCCUCUGUGCUGUAUUUGCCAAUGAAAGUGGACAACAACUAUCUUGGGUUUGUUUUGGUGAUUGUAAUUUCAGGUCUGUCACUCUUGUUACAUUGUGUACAUUCAGAAGGAAGAGAAAAAAUAUAUAUGAUAAUCAUUUCCACUUAACUAAUUUUUACUUCUAGCAGGUAAAUGUAGGUAGCAGUGCAGGGGUGGUCCUGCUUCCUGUACCUUGACAUGCAAAAGGCUCCUAAUACUCCACAUUCAAACUGAAGAGGAAAUUGAAAUCUCUAAUGAAGCUGCUGUGUGUAUUUAUGAAUAUUAAUGAAUAAAAACUGCUUGGAUGGUUUACCUUAACUACUGCAUGAGGUUUUUUGCAGCGUGCAUGAGUUUUAGUGACCUUGUCAUUGAAAACCUUAAACACCAGGAGUCAAACCAUACAGACCCAAAGCUUCCCCAGCAUUAUUCAAAGGUUACGGCCGGCCGAGGGCGUGCGUGCUGGCCUCGCCGGCCGAGUAGCUCUUGAAUAAUGUCCGACUUCCAACUUCCUUUCUGUGCCUCGAGCACGGGACGCCCGCUGUGCGGCGGAGGGGCCCUGCCGGCCGGGAGUCCGGCCUCUUUAGCGCACCCCGAGAAGACAGCACAGCACGGGACGGCCGAAAUCUGCUGCAGGGGCGUCUGUGUGCCCUCAAAAUCGAAUCCUGUUCAUGUUUGUUCAAAGUUUUUACUUUUGGCGGUUGUUUAAAUUCUUUCGAUUGUUAAACGUGUUUUAUUCAGGUGUAGAUGAAUUCAUUUAUUCACUGUUCAACAAAGUUAACCUGGAUUAUGUUGUCUUAGUUCUUUAAAGCCUCACCUGCUCGAUCACAUUUUGGUUUAUUUAUGUAUUUGCUUCCUAGUUUGCGGAGACUUGUGAGUACCAGGCGAGCUGGAGGAUUUGACUUCCCAGACUUUGUCAACCUAUUACAACUGAACUCUUCAUGCUAACUUCAGCACCUUUUAUUUAUUGGGGUUUUCUGGCAUAAAAAGUAAAAGCCUUUUAAUUGAAUCAUGCCACCUACAUGCCUAUAUUAUUAAUCCUCUAUGUAAAAAAAAAAAAGAGAGAGAGAGAGAGAGAAAAAAUGUACAGCGGGUUUUUUUGUGCGUAGACUUUCAUAAUCUACCUGAGACAGGGACAGCAGUUGGGACGGGGUGGUGGGGUUGGCAGGGAAGGGGAGGGAAUUUUUUUGGAAUGUAAAUUUAGGACAUUAAAACAAAGUUCGCACAGCUUCUGAAAAAUGACAACUAGGCUUAUCCAUAAUCAUGUCUGUUCCAGUUCCCUUUCCUCUCUUCCUUCCUCUCCUUCUCUCGCCCUUUUAUUUGCCUUCUUUUUCUGUGUCCUUCCAUUUCUGUAAUGAUUCGAACAUUUUAGAAUUAAAUUACAGACUUGAAUACCCACUGGUGUUCUUAAAAGAACUGUGACGUGUAUGUUAAUCUUAACGUAACCCCCCCCAAAAAAGGUCACCCCCACAUGUCCAAAAAAGGUUUAUUUUCAUUUUCCUAAGGAAGCUUCAGAUUCCAGUGAUUUCCACAUAAUAAUAGGUUUGUUUUCUUUAGUCUCUGCAACGAAAAAUGUUUUAAGGAAAAGCUUUUACACCAGGCCUUUGGUUAUCCUAGCAGUUAACCCCAGUAGGGAUUUUUUUUUUAUUGAUUGUUGAGGAUUUUCACAAACAAUUUUCAAGCUGUAGUCUUUUCAAACACAUCUUCUGCACAUUACAAUAAGACACGCAGUUCAAUAAAG